AUGAGCGGGCGCGAUGGGCGAGGCGAUGAGCGGGCGGCGGUCGAUACCGAGCGGGCGGUCGACCGAUUAUCGAGCAGGCGGUCGAUGAGCAUGCGCGAUGAUGUCGAUGAGCGGUCGAUGGCCGAUGGGCAUGAAAGGAGCGAUGGGCGGUCGAAAGGAGGGCGGGGCGAUGAGCAAGGAGCGGGCGAGGGCGAUGGGCGGUCGAUACCGGUUGACGCGGAGCGCGAUGCGACCGGUGCGGGCGGGCGGUCGAUGGGCGGUCAGAUGAUCAGGCGGUCGAUGGUCAGCGAAACGAGCGGUCAGCGAUGGGGCGAUCAGGCGGAUGGGCAAUGA